GGUAGGUCUCUAUAAUCGAGCUUUCUAGCUCCCUCCAACUCUUUGCAGCUCUCCGGCAUAUUGUGCGACUUGGUGGCGCCUCCGUUGGCCACCAACGGCUUCGAAAUCACCGGAAACUUCAGCCGUUGGCCACCAGUGGCUUCGAAAUCACAGAAAGUUCAGCAUCAUCGUUGCGCUUCGUCGGAGGUUGCCACUCGGUGCAUGGAAGACAUUACCACCACCGGAGAAUGCACGACGACAAAAGAGAAAGAUGAAGGCGUUGUUGCUCGGUGACGGUGAGGGAUAAAGGGAAAGACUUCCAUUCCACUAUUUUAAUUCCUAGCAUCCGCGCCACAGUACAACCAGAAGCAGUUCGUUGCUUAAUUGAAGAAGACCCUGAUCGCAACUGAGUGAAGGCCUAUGCGUCAAAUUUAAAUUCCCAAGUAUCACUUUGGAACAUGGCUGAUAAUAUAGUUACCUCCACCAAUUCUUCUACGCCCUCGCUGAACCCUACUCGGAUAAUCUGCCACGUAUGUCAGAAGCAGUUUUCCCAGUACACGUGUCCUCGAUGCAAUUCGCGAUACUGUUCCCUCCAAUGUUACAAAUCUCAUAGUCUCCGUUGCACUGAAUCCUUCAUGAAAGAAAAUGUAGUUCAGGAACUUCAGCAAAUGCAGCCUGAUGAACAAACUAAAAAUAAGAUGCUGGACAUACUGAAAAGAUUUCACUCAGAAGAGGAAAUGGAUGAGGAUUCUUUUGCAGAUUCAACUUUAUCUGAGGAGACAAUGGAAAAAAUUUUGUCUGGACAAGAAAUCAGCUUUGAUGAUUUAUCACUUGAAGAAAAGAAACGGUUUCACAGAGCAAUUGCUUAUGGGGAACUGAGCAAGAUGAUCAAACCAUGGGAUCCAUGGUGGUCAAAGCCUUCUGCCAGAAACAUCUGUCUCAGUAAGGAAGGAACUCAGCUUGUUCAACCUCUUCCAGAUCAGGAAUUGCUAGAUGAUGAUAUUGGAAGUGAUGAACUCAGCGAAGUUCCUCUUGGGCCUGAAAUUCCGCUUCCUCCUCUAAGUAGGCUUAGUUCCAAGGAGCCAUCACCCCUUUUAACAGUUCACCUAGUUGACAUUCUGUAUAGCUACUGCUUCACUCUUCGUCUCUACAAUGGAGAUUGGAAGUCAGAUGCCUUAGGGUCAGUCAUGGUUGUAUUGAGCGUGUCCUUGGUGUUGGGUCAAGGUGCACAGCCGGAGACAGUACUAGAAGCACUUUCUCAUUGCUUGGAGCAGGUAUGCUGUCCAGUUUACAGACACAUGGGAGGAUUGCAAUUUGGUUUGGGUGUCAUUGAUGAUGUGAUCAGUCUGCUUGGUUUGGGAACUCCUGCAUUGGUGUGUGCCCUUUGUGAUAUGCAUCGGUUGAUUCAAGAAGGGGAAAAGGAGGCCAAAUCAGAAAGACCGAGAAAGUUGCGGACAGAUGGGACUAGAAGUGCUAUUAAGCUGGCAGAAAGGAGGAUAUAUUUCAUCACGUGUUGGGUUCAUGAGCAGCCAGAGGAAGCAUGGUUUUCUUUAGCGGCCAUUGUAAGAGCAGAAAAGACAUCAGCCAUGGAAUUUCAACAGAGCAAUAAAUCUGAAAAUUUGAACAAUAAGGCAGAGGUCAAAGGCAAAAGUUUAAUUCAAGAGUUUUAAUAAUUUACGUAAACCGCUACCCCUUAUUGUUGACCAUAUUUAUUUUAGUCUUAUAGAAUAUAUGGAGACUGAAAAUGGUUGUUCUCAAAGCAGUUGUAAAUGUAUUUUUACAUAUAGAAAUCCUUAUUGACGAGAUAUUCAGUCUGGGUUGUGUACCUGAGAAGUUAUUAGACUAGGAGGGGUCCUGGAGUUCUUGCAGUGGCAAGAAAGUUAAGUUUCAAACUAGGUGAAUUGAUAAUCUAUUUACAUUUAACGAAAUAUCAGAACGUAAUUAUUCGCAAA